CCUCCAAUGACCGUGUCUUGCUUUUGUCGAGGUGUUUCCGAGAUGGUGCCGGAUGUUAGGGUUUGAAUUUCGUGGGCAGUUUGAAAACAGCGAUCGAGGAAAGUAAAGUUCAAGGUAUAGGAACAAGCGGAACGGAAGCGAGUGCUGAACCGCAGUUUUCACGCAGAAGGGAUAUCUUACCGCAAUCUGGGGCGUUCAGACUGCACCUCUCCUUGUCCAGCCUACUGACACACUUGUUGCUUGAGGAACGACACAUUUGGGGAGCCAGAGUCAGAAGGUAUCUCAAACCUGAGCUGCAAGAAUGAGUCAGAUCAGACUGCAGUCCUCAAAGAACCUGCCCUGCAUGUUUUGUUUCCUUCCGGAUGACUGUACUGAAAGGUUUGGGGAGAAAAAGACCUACCCUGAACAUGACUUGACCUUGCACUACAACUGUUUGCUGCUGUCCAGUGGUAUCUGGCAAAGAGGAAAAGAGAAUGAAGACAUUUAUGGGUUUCUUGUUUGUGACAUUAAGAAAGAGGUUAACAGAGCAAAGAAGUUGAGGUGCUCUCUUUGUAAAAAUCGAGGAGCUUCCAUUGGCUGCGAGUUCCCAAAGUGUAGACGUAGUUAUCACUACCCUUGUGGUGUAAAGAAAGAGUGUAUUUUCCAGUUCACUGGCAGCUUCAGGUCAUACUGCUGGGAACAUCGACCUGUCCAGAAGAUUGUCUCGUCACAAACAGACUGUUCUCCUUGCACCAUAUGCCUUGAAAAUGUAAAUCAUGUUCCUUCUUACCACGUUCUGUGUUGCCCCUGCUGUAAAACAUCCUGGUUUCACAGAAACUGCCUGCAGGGUCAAGCUCUGAGUGCUGGAUUGUUUUUUUUCCGCUGCACAGUAUGUAAUAAUAAGGAUAUAUUUCAAAAGGAGAUGCUGCGUAUGGGGAUCCAUAUUCCAGAGAGGGAUGCAUCAUGGGAGCUUGAGGAAAAUGCUUUUCAGGAACUUUUGAUACAAUACCAGCACUGUGAUGCCAAGAAAUGUUUGUGUCAGGGUGGCCGGGAGUAUAGCGAUCCAGAAAGUAAGUGGGAGAUUAUUCGCUGCCAGUGUUGUGGGUCCAGUGGCACACACAGGGCAUGCUCCUCUAUUCACAAACAAGACCAGAGCUGGGAGUGUCCAGACUGCAGAGGCAUUGUAUGCACACCAGGGAAGCGAUCUUGUCCUGCAUCGUUGGCUCAAUCUGAUCAACUUGGAUGUCUGAGUUUCGGAAUGGAGUCCUCUCCUAAAUGCCCAAGGCUGUCCACAACACCUAAAGGCAAAGUGCUCCUCAGGCAUAUAACCACCCAAGAAAGGACGAUUUCGGGCAUACUGCGUGAUCUCAGGCUUCAGAUAAACCCUGAUUCUGUCUGUUCAAUGCUGAUUCAAAAGGAAUCUCUCUGGAAAAGCUCCAUUGAAUGUUUUCAAAACAGCAAGUUUUGCCCUUCUAGCACACUGCAGGUGAAGUUUUCAAAGCACAAGUUACGAGCGGAGUGCCAGCAGCCAAACGGGGCACUACCUGAGUAUUUUGGUUUGCUGCUGAAUGCAAUGCGGAACUCUCCACUACUAGAGGGGUCUGAGCACAAGAAUAUAGCUUUGAAUCUUGAAGCACUGCAGGACAACCUGUAUUAUGAAGCUGGAAGAAUGGUGGCAUUGGCUUUGAUCCAUGGAGGGCCUGCUCCUGGUUUCUUCUCACAGACUCUCUUUCGUUGCCUCAUCUAUGACCCUCAGCAUGUGCUGCCUUCUGUAGAAGAUGUGGCAGAUCCCAAUGUUGCUCAAGCGAUUCUUACGAUCCAGUCUUGCCAGAGGAUUGGAAUGCUGAAGUCUGCAGUUAUCCAUUACUUUGACUACUUGCAAAAGACUGGUAGCCUGUGUCUGGUGCAAACUGUCAGUGACAAGGUUCUGAUAGUCAAGGAAUUGCUGGCCCAUCAUGUCAUCCGUAGGGUACAACAGCCCCUAGAAAGCUUUAAACAAGGUUUAAUGACUCUUGGGGUGCUAGAGAAGAUCCAGGCACACCCCGCCUUAUUUUGGAGUGCCUUAGUCUUGGGACCAGAGAAACUAACUGCGAAAGCCAUGACUGACCUGUUCACUGUAACAUAUACAGACCUCCGUGCAAAUCAGAGUGAUGCUCUUGGCUUCUGGGUAGAUUAUCUGGAAAACACAGAAGAAGGGGCAACUGCAAGUUCCUUGGAGGAUAUUCUGAACUUUGCAACAGGUUUGCCCUCCAUUCCACCUGCAGGUUUUGAUCCACGACCCUCUGUCCGGUUCCUACAUAAAGCACGCCCCAAAGCACGCAAAUACAUAAACUGUCUGGAAUUGCCUGUCUGCUCCAGCUAUUUGGAAUUCGCCAAUAUCAUGAACAAAGCAUUAUGUACGAAAUGCAAAGCAUAGCUGCAUGGCUUGGACUUUUACCUUUGGGAUUCUUAAUUUUACUUUUUUUGUUUUCACAUUGCCUUGCUUGGAGAAUUAAUGCUGCUGUGACUUGGGGCGGUUCUGAACUAGAAAGGUCGACUGACUUUUUGGGGCCUCUGAAACUCCGCCAGCAGUAUUCUUCACCAGAUGAAAGUGGAACUGUGCAAUUUUACAAAUCUUUGUCUGCAUUACUGAGAUGGGACAGCUGAGCUAAGCACUUCCACAGGAGUUUUUCUUUCAGUUUAAAGCAUUGCUGCCUUCAUUCAUAGGCAUCUUGUCUUCCAUCUAUCUUAAAGCCCAUCAAAUUGGAAGACAUUCCCUUAUCAGGAUGCUGAAAGAUUAUUCUCAACAAACUGACUUCCAGAAAUGAUUCAGGUUUUCAUGUUUGCAAAGGGAACUGUUUACAUUUCUGCAUAGAAAGCCAUAGUUCCUGCAGCUCUUAUUUGCUUCGUUGGGUGAAACUUGCGGAAGAUGCCCUGUGUAGUGCUUAUCUCUCACAUUUUAAGAAGGAAUAAUGCAAUGAUUUGUUUUAGUGUUUUUAAGAAUUUCAUAUAUUGUUGAAAUCUGUUUUUGCUUUGCAUUGCAGAUCUUCCUACUUAAGAGGUUGAAAAAAAAUCCCUUUUGGAAGUCUUGCAACAGUGCCAUUUAGUACACUCCCUUACCCCUGUUUUGGGCCAGACCAUUGGAAACUGUGGGAGGAGGCAGACUGAUGAUUUAAGCUACCAAUCUGAGUGAACAGGUUGGCUUUGUAAUAUAUUUAUAUGUUCUGUGUUCAUUUUGCCAAGUUUAAUGUAUGUUGGGUCUAGGACACAUACAGUCGCCUUAUAAAAGUUUAAAUGUCUCGUUAUGUGCAUGCUACAGUACAAUGAUACUGUACAAACUGCCCCUGUUUUCGAUUUCAGGUGGGUGUUCAGUUUAUUAAGGGAAUAGAGUAUUGGGAUACGGUGUCAUUUUUCCUUUGAUUAUGACUUAGUUUAAUGCAGUUGUGUCUGUUGGGAUUGUUGCUUUAAUUUAUUUAUUUUAAUGCUAGGCUUAGUGCUGUUUCUUCAUUGUGACUGUAUGCCCCCUUUAAAUUGGAUUUUUAGCAACUUAUUCACCGUUCUCUUCAAACUGGGCAAAGCCCCUGCCCCUAAGAAUUUUUGUUUAGAUCAUUAUUUUUGCAUCUCUUCGCUGCUCACUGUUUUAUGUUGUACUACCCUCCGACAAGCUGCUGAAUUGUGUUCUACAUACAGGAUCCUCCGUUCAGUCUUGUUUUAUUGUAUUGACCGUGAGUUUGAUAAAUGAAUCCAUUCCGUUGUGCUCAACCUA